GUCAGUCUUUCCAGUUUGUAAUACUGUCUUCACUCUUUCACGGCUGUCGGUGGUGUUUUGUUUCUUGUAAAACCAAACGAAUCGGAAAGCGGUUCUCUUUUCCCAACAUUUACAACCUCUUCAACCAUUCUUUUGCUCUUGUUUUCACCUCAUUCCGUCUUCCGGAAUCUGGAGUCGAACGCGGGGGGACCAAAUUGCCUAUAUCGAGAACGCAACAUCCGAUUAGCUCGACCCCUAGACAGCCUGCCUACUCUCAACAUCUGCUAGUACAACCUCCCCCACUCGCUCACGAUGCCGAACCAAGAAUGGCAAAGCGAUCUCAUGGACUGCAGCCCAUGCGACACCUGCAUGAUGGCCUCAUUCCUUCCAUGUAUAGUCUUUGGUAAAACCCCUGAGCGCAUGCGCGACCCCAGUCUCUCGGACUACUCGCCCGUCAACGGAGACUGCUUCAUGAUCUCGGCCCUUGGCUCCAUCGGUCUGGGCUGGUUGUUCCUCAUGAAUAACCGCGGCGAUAUCAGGAAGAAAUUUCACAUCGAGGGAAGUACGUGUGCGGACUGCUGCGUGUCGUUUUGGUGUCCCUGCUGUGUGCUCAUCCAGCAUGAGAACGAGGUGAAGGGGCGGACCGAUUAUGGACCGAUCAAUACCGGGUAUCAGUCGCAAGCGCAGAAUAUGGAGAUGAAGUAG